AUGGCAAACUACAACAGCGUAUCUGAAAGAUCCUCCACCGAGUACUGGCGAGAGCCCUAUGAUCUCAUUGGUAACCUGGACACCCUCAUUGAGCAAGUCAACUCGCCCGGCUUCUAUCUCGAGGAAUAUACCUUCGAGUCGCAUCUGUACAAGAUGUUUGCUCGUGCCCGUGAUGGACACUUGAGAUACACCCCUGCGAUCCAAGGUCUAUUCGCCUGGGGCACCCCUACACCAUUGGUCUCAAUAUCGGAUGAUGGCGCGAGUCCACCACAGCCAUAUGUGUACAGCGAUAUUCUUCUGUCGCUCAACGACACAUCGUUCACUCCUACUCCGAUAGUCAAGCUUUACGGCAAUGAUGCCGAACAUGAGCUUCGGCGGGCAGCCUUAUGGAGCUCAAUGACAGACCAGGAUGCAGCUUACAAUAUGAAUUUCGUGUCCCUGGCGCAGCUCUCGCUCGGCCCGCUUGGCACCACUGUUGGAACAUGGGCUGGUGGUGGUCGGGGCACCAUAGGCUAUCCAGGGCCUGCUGUCAACAUGACUUUUGGGAAUGGGACAACUAUACAGGUCGAGAACUUCGCGAGGGUGUUACGUCCCUUCUCAAACAUCACUGAUGGAGAAGAUGUCCGAAACAGAUUCUUGAAUGAUGCGGAGACACUCGGCAACUUUGCUUCAGAUACGCGUGAUACGGUCAACGAAGUCCUGUCACCUCGCCAGUCUUUGAGUAGCCCCGCAGGCUACCCUCCAGCGGUCGCAGCUGUGAGUGGCGGCGCAAUGGGAGGCUACUUCUUAGACGGGACCUAUGAGAAUACUGCCGUGCUCUCUGUGGCUAGCUUCCUCGCGGAUGCUGAGACAUUUCUCCGGGAAGUUCAGCAGUUCCUACAAAGCGCCCGUGCGUCGGGUAAGUCGAAGUUGAUCAUUGACUUGAGCGCAAAUGCGGGAGGAUUCGCUCCGCUGGCGGAGCUACUGUUUCAGACCUUGUUUCCUGACAUCGAUCCGUGGGUCGGGACCAGAUUUCGCGCAACUCCAGACUUCAAUCUCAUCGGUGCUCUUGUCUCCGAUGAAGUCGGUACGAACUACCCUUGGCCAGAACUACAUCCACCAGGACCAGGUCUGCUUCUGGAGGACUUCAUGGGUUCGCCAUUCGUUGCUCUCGCAGACAUGAACGCUACCGGCGGUGCCUUCAAGUCCUGGGAGGACAAAUUCGGUCCACAUGAUUUCCAUGGGGAUCGAUUCACUUCCGUAAUCCAGUGGAACUUGUCAGAUCCUUUCUGGACCAAGAGCGGAUAUGACGAUUCGAACUUGGACCCCGAUAGUGGUCGUCCGUUUGCAGUGGAGGACAUCAUCAUGUUGACAGAUGGAUACUGUGCUUCGACGUGCGCCUCCUUCGUGGAAUUGAUGACUAUUCAGGCUGGAGUCAAGACUGUUGCGGCAGGUGGCCAGAAAGAGUCAGAAGCCCUGCCUAUGCAGGCCAUUGGUGGAGUGAGAGGAGCAAAUGUGUACCCCUUCCAGUUGAUCUGGUCUUGGGCACGCGACGCGAUGACGCUUGCGAUAGGGACGGCCGCCGAGAGCAUUGUCGAGGAAGUCUUUGGAAGGUACAGCUCUAUUCCCAUGACCAGGGCAGCAGGCAGUGGCGGCUCAGUCAAUUCUCGCGAUGGGCUUCGCCUCGGCGACAUCGAACAGAUUCCAUUGCAGUUCCGCUAUCAGAAGGCUGAUUGCCACAUCUACUACCAGAAGGAACACGUCGUUGAUGUCAGCACGCUCUGGAAGUCUGUCUGGGACGUUACCUGGGGAGGACAUGAAUGUGCCGAGGGCUCGAUCAACAUGGAGUCGCAAUCUAGUCUGGACAAUUCUCGACUUGGUCCAAUUAGGCACAUUCCGCACCAAGUGAGGGUGAUGUCCGACGACGAAAUCCAUACACUCCGUGAGGCAUGGCGGUAUGGGACGGAUGUGAACAAGCUUCGACCUAUGGGCGAGUUUCAGUCGCCUUGA